GCUACAGACAGGCACAUAAAUACACAGAGAGGCAGCUGUGUGUGCACUCUGUGGGCUCAGGGACUGAGACAACACCUCCUGCUCUGACCUUGGCUUGGACUAAAGAGCUUCCUGCAGCAUGAGGGCUACAGGUGCCUUAGUGCUUGUCAGCCUGCUGCUGCUCUCUUUCUUCUCGGUUCCAGAUGUAGCAGGUCAGGAGAUUGAAGAGAUUUGUAGAGAGUUCAUAAACAGAAGCGUGUACUGCACGAGGGAGUCCAACCCUCACUGCGGCACGGAUGGCAUCACCUAUGGGAACAAGUGUGCCUUCUGCAAGGCAGUGCUGAGAAGUGGAGGAAAAAUAAGAUUGAAGCACCUGGGGAAAUGCUGAGUCCUCCCUGGACCGAGCAGCAGGAGCUGAGCCGCCCUCGGCCGCAGACGCGAGAGCAGCCCGUCCUCCCUCUGCUGUCUCUGCUCAAUAAAAUAACACUCAGCACCA